AUACAUGAGAUGGGACAAUGUAUUACGUUUCCCUCACAUGGUUUCCGACCGAUUUUAUGUACGACGACAUUGGUAUAAAGAAAGAAUUAAAUAAGUCUGUUGAUUUGGAUAGCCCCAAUUUCCAAUCAAUUUCCGUUUCUCUCCGACUCCGUUGAAUAUCGAUAUCCUCAACUCCGACAAGAAAGUCCAGAAUUAUCAAAUUGAAAUUAACGGUUUUUGUUUCGAAAUAUCAAGGGUGGUCUCUUAGUUGAUGGGCACAAACGAACCACGAAGAGAAUUCGUGGCGAUCAAACCCAUCUUGGCAUCGCCGUCAACGUGCACCGCGUCGACCUCCCGCUCCGAGACCGUGAAUGGGACGCACGAGUUCAAGAUCAAGGGCUUCUCCCUGGCAAAGGGCAUGGGGAUCGGCAAGUACAUCACCUCCGACACCUUCGCGGUGGGGGGAUACGCCUGGGCGAUCUACUUCUACCCGGACGGCAAGAGCGCCGAGGACAACGCCGCCUACGUCUCGCUCUUCGUCGCGCUCGCCAGCGAGGGCACCGACGUCCGGGCGCUCUUCGAGCUCUCGCUGCUGGACCAGAGUGGCAGGGACAACCACAAGGUCCACAGCCAUUUCAAUCGCAUGCUCGACGGCGGGCCCUACGCCCUCAAGUAUCGAGGAAGCAUGUGGGGUUACAAACGCUUCUUCAAAAGAACUCUUCUGGAGACAUCAGACUACCUCAAAGAUGAUUGUCUCAUAAUUCACUGUUGUGUUGGUGUCGUUAGCUCGCACACAGAGGGACCUAAGAUUUACUCUAUAGCAGUUUCACCUUCUGAUAUUGGUCAGCAGUUUGGGAAGCUUUUAGAAAGUGGAAAGGGAGCUGAUGUGACUUUUGAAGUUGAUGGGGAAAUAUUUGCCACUCACAAGUUGGUGCUUGCAGCACGCUCACCUGUGUUCAGGUCACAACUUUUUGGUCCAAUGAAGGAUCAAAACAGUCAGUCCAUUAAAGUUGAAGACAUGAUGGCUCCAGUUUUUAAGGUGUUACUUCAUUUCAUAUACUGGGAUGCCCUACCAGACAUGCAAGAGCUUUUUGGUCUAGACUCUAAAUGGGCUUCUACUUCGAUGGCUCAACAUCUGCUCGCAGCAGCAGACCGAUAUGCCCUUGAGAGGCUCAGAUUGCUCUGUGAGGCUAAACUUUGUGAGAAUGUUGCCAUAAACACUGUUGCAACAACAUUGGCCUUGGCAGAGCAGCACCAUUGCUUCCAACUGAAAGAUGUUUGUCUUAGACUCAUUUCGUUGCCUGAAAAUUUAAGAGCUGUGAUGCAAACAGAAGGAUUUGAAUAUUUGAAGGAAAGUUGCCCCUCUGUCCUCGCUGAAUUACUGCAAUAUGUGGCAAGGAUUGGCAAGCAUUCUGUCAAGGCUCGUGCCUAUUAUAAUGCGCCCUACCUAGACGGGAGUGAUGUGAAUGGAAGGCGGGUGAAACCAAGGUUAUACUGAUUUAGGAUUGACCGUUAGGACAACCUUUUGCUGCAAGAAUAAGAAAAGAUUUUGUUAGAGUUCUGCCAUUUUUGGAUUGUACUAACAAUUACUGAUUUCUAUGGGGGAAAAAGAAAGAAAAAAAAAAUUGAUACUAGUGGUUCAUUUGGUUGUGUAAUAUAAAAGGUUGAGUAGUUUUCUGCCAUAUAUUGAUAUAUUCUGUGUGCAGACACAUUGCGGUUUUCUGCCAUAUAUUGAUAUAUUCUGUCUGCAGACACAUUGCGGUUGAGAAUAUUGUACCUGCAGCUUCUGAUCAGAUACUAUUUUUAUGUUAUUUGCUUUGAAUAUCA